ACACGAUUGAGGAAACAUCACACUCAGAGUCUGUAGGCCAAUGGAUCAACUAAAAGGCGCGGCAUAUCGGGGUUUCCCUGUGACGUAAUUCGCUCCGCCCCUUUACGAAUAGAGACCGAAACUGGUGGUUCCCCUUUUCUUUCAUGAGUGCGCGCGACCGAGCGUCUGUCUUUCUCGCCCUUCUCUCUCUCUCCUGCUCCGUGGAAAUGCGGCGUGGCUGUCUGUUCCUGCUUGUAGUAAUCACAGUGCUACAGCUUGUAAGCACAGGAAAACCUUUUGUCAUGCGUAAUAUUCACGGGAUUGUGGGUGGAGGUGUAAAUAUGCGCUGUGAGCUGGAGCGCCCACGCAACAUUUACGGGCUUUAUUUCCAGAAGACACCAGCUGAUGGAAAUGAGGACAACGACAUCUUCAUCAACGGGUUUCACCCCAAAAAUAUCAUUGUGCCCCCUGAGUACAUAAAUCGCACCAACGUCAACAAAACGGAUUUCAGCAUGGAGCUGUUCAACCUCUCUCUUGCUGACGAGGGAGUGUACAGCUGUAUUGUCUUGUCCGAUACUGACAAUUACAUCGACACCAAGUUUAAUCUCACAGUUACAGCCAAUUUCAGCGUUCCCAACAUCACCGUCCAGGGCUGCAACAGUGUCCCAUCUGCCCAUAACUGCGUGAUUGAAUGCUCCUCGUCAGGAGGAUAUCCUCUCAGCAAUGUAACCUGGGAUGUGGUUGGAGACAAGACGAGCAGCCUGCUGAUGGACAAAGGGGACCCUCCUGUGUUUAAGCAGGAUGCAGACUCGCGCCUUUGGACCGUGUCCCACAAUGUUACCCUUGACUGCAGUCAGCCGCUUAACAUCACCUGCUCUGUUGGGGGAGUCAUGUCCCCUAUUGUCAGUGUGUGUCCACCUCCUCCCAAGGAUUUUACCAUUCCAUUUGCAUGUGUUAUAUUAUUGCUGGUUCCCAUUGCUGUCAUUGUGAUUGUUGUCAUACGUUGCAGAAGAACACAACCCUCAGCAGAGCGCUCAACAGACGCCGAGCUUGCAAAUUUAAACUCAGGUCAGGCUGGAUGAACACGGAGAAACACACACUUUCUGAAAACUUGAACUGAAGAGCCGUGUGUGUUUGUGUGUCUGUGUGUGUCUGUGUGUGUGUCUGGUGGACAGAUGAAAGAGCAGACGGACUGCCUGAAAGUAUACACACACUGCCAGCUAACGGACAGGUGCAGUUCAAAGUCAAACUGCACCUAUGACGUGUCUGAUCUGCCGGAAGAAACAGCUGAAGCACAUGCUAAUAUGCGUUUUGAAAAAAAAAAACCCUCAACACUUAUGUUUAUAUAUUGUUUUAACAUCUGUUUUUCUUAGUGUAGAGAUUUUUUUUUUUUUUGAAUGGAAUGUGAUAUUUCGUAUUGACUACGAUAACAUUUCAGAACACUGACAAACCAAGAUUAGCGUUCAGGUUUCAGGCCGCAACAGAAAAAUUAGCUUAACCUUAAUUUAACAUUUGUAUAAAUUAGCAUAACUCUCAUCUAGCAGAGCAUUCAUCUUAGAUAGCCUAGCAUUCACUGUCUUUGCAUUUGAGAUGCCGUUUUCUACAUGGGAAUAUAAUAAUUUAUGUUAACAUAUCAGCUUGCUAGCUAGCUACUACUGAAACACAGCAUAAAUAUAAUUUAACCUUCAGUGAAUUAAACCUUUCUGGAACUGUAAAUAAUUUUAGCACUGACAUUAGUGUAACCCGUCGACCUUCAUCAGGGAACAAAAUGGCUAACAUUACUUUAAAAAAAGUUGAAAACAAAAAAGAACUAUUAAGCUGUAUUUCUUUCACAACGUUAAAGGGAUGGUUUAAAGUCCGAUGGUUAGGCUUUCCUGUUAUACUGUGAUUACUUGGGAAGCGUUUCAAAUCAUGUACAUUUAGUCUGUACACUGAUGGUGUGGUUUUUUACACUGUGGGACUCUGUGAGAUGAAGUGCACUCUUUAUUACCGUAGAAAACCUCUGAGAAUAAAGUGUGGAACGCUGGACACUGGACACACCAAGUGGAGAACACAGCUACACCUCGGGCUGAUUGACUACAGAGUCAACUCAGAGUCCGAUUCCAAGUGAUGGGAAUCGAUGCCGUUGACUCCAAGACGCGAUUUCUCACAAGAAUUGUUUUGGUUUCAAAAACCUGACACACAGAGAAAAAUUAGCAGUUCAAAUUUUUUAAAAAGUGCACAAUAACAGCUUCAAACUGCCAUCACGUGUUUCACUCAGAACAGUUUUGUCCUGGUUAGAGAACUGGCCAUCAUUCGAAAUAACUGGCACCAGGAAUCUUUCAGCACUCGCGAAAAAGUGAUUGCAGAUCUACUCUUGAAAUGAGCUAGCUAGCUACUAGAUGUUUAACGCGACUAUAUCGUUGCCUAUUGUUUUUCCGUCAUGAAACUGACAGUUGAAUAGGUUGUUUGCGAGUCACAUGAUUCCAAUGACGCGCAAAAUUAUCAGGAAGUGAAACGCAGAAUGGACAAGAUGGACAAAAGCCCGUAUUCUGCUAGUUUAGACUAUAUUACAAGAGGAAGGUAUCAAAUAAAAUCACUCCAUAAACCAUCGUCGUUUCUCGGUAUGGUCGAUGACUUGACAUCGUAUGCAAACAAGCAGUUAGCAAGCAAGGCAAUUUACAAAGCAAAUGCUCGCCAAAUUAGAGUAGCUAACAGAAGCUAAACUGUACCCGAUUCACUUCUAACGACUUCUUCGACUCAGCGAUGUCACUCGAUCGUUGACCUGUUUUUGUUGCAAAUUAUACAUUUUAAUUUGUUACAUUGGUGUGUAGUGGAAGGAUGCAGUUUAUACAAGCUACAUCAUUGUCACUUUGUGGACUCAAGUCUGAAUCUUUAGAGUCAACUCUCAGUUCCCAGAUGCUUGGAAUCAGAGACUCGUUUUGGGAUCGACUCCCAACCUCUCGACAAACCACAAAGGAAGCUCAGGGAGCAUUCUAGAAUACCAAACUGGUUGUGUUCUAGAACAUUAAACAAUACCUACUCUACUGUCAAAUGAUAAGUUAUUCUGGAACACUAGACUGAGAAGUGUUCUAGAACACUCUAGAAAGGUAAACUAGGCAGCAUUCUAGAAGACUCUUCGGUUUAGUGUUACAACACACUUUGGUUUUAGUGUUCUCAAACACAUCCUAGUUUAGCGAUCUAGACUGCUAAACAAACUGCUGUUCCAUCCUGCUAAACCAAAGAGGGUUUUUGAAUGCUGAUACAUUCUACUUUAAGGCAUGGCUAAUGCUAGCAUUUUAAUGCUAGUUUUCAUAAAGAUGUCUUCAGUCACUUUAAGAGAAGUUCUCAGGCGUAUGUUUUUUUUUUUUUUUUAAUUUAUGUCAAGUACUACAUAGACAUGCUAGUACAUCCUAGAAGUGUGUGUGUGUGUGUGUGUGUGUGUGGGUAAUGCUUGGGAAUCUUUAACAUGUUCUUUAUUCACAAUUUACUUUGUUAAAUUUAGAUGAUCUUUCAAAUGUGGACAAAACUUGUUCAAGUCUUUUAUAAACCUUUUUCUUAAAGGAAAUGCUCUACCAGUUUCGUUUUAUAAAUGACAUUCGCUCAUUGUAUUUAUGAUACAGAUGUGCAAUAAAAUUGUUUUGUUUUUUAA